AUGGAUAAUAACAGUAAAGGGUUCCAGCUUCCUCGAAUAAACAAACCUGGCCUGGUUUUUGCAUCACCUUCCCUACAACCAUCUUUAGAAGCUCUUGGAACGCCUCUCCCACUAGACUUAGAAGAUGAUGGUCUUCUGAAUUCGGAGAACAUGAUUGAAAGAAAGCCUAACUAUGAGUGGGAGGAGUUGAAGAAACACUAUCAUGGAGAACAGGCCAAGGCAGCAGAACAUGCCUUGUACAAACAAUAUGAGGAAAAGAUCCGACCCUGCAUUGAUCUCAUCGACAGCCUAAGAGCUCUUGGAAUAGAAAAAGACCUGGCUUUGCCUGCAAUCGCAGUGAUCGGAGACCAGAGCUCUGGGAAAAGCUCCGUCCUAGAAGCCCUUUCUGGUGUUGCUCUUCCUAGGGGCAAUGGUAUUGUUACUCGAUGUCCCUUGGAACUUAAACUGAAAAGAAUACCUGCCAGCCAGGCAUGGAAAGGGAAACUUUGUUACCGCAGAAACUGCAUAGAGCUCCAGAAUGCCUCUGAGGUGGAAGAAGCAGUAGGAAGAGCCCAGGAUGUUGUUGCUGGUACUAGAGGUGCCAUUAGUGGAGAACUAAUUUCCCUAGAAAUUUGGUCCCCAGAUGUCCCGGAUCUGACACUAAUUGAUCUUCCUGGAAUUGCCAGAGUGGCCGUGGGGGAUCAGCCACAAGAUAUUGGGGAACAGAUCAAAAUACUACUUAAAAAAAUUAUUGCCUGCAAAGAGACACUCAAUUUGGUAGUAGUGCCAUGUAAUGUGGAUAUUGCAACAACAGAAGCACUGAAAAUGGCUCAAGAGGUGGACCCCAACGGAGAAAGGACACUAGGGAUCCUCACGAAACCUGACCUGGUGGACAGAGGAACUGAACGGUCUGUCGUUAACAUAAUACGAAACCAGGUCAUCCCCCUCAAAAAAGGUUACAUGAUCGUGAAGUGUCGUGGGCAGCAGGACAUCCAUGACAAACUGGCCUUGGCCACUGCAAUCCAGCAGGAGAGAAAAUUCUUUGAGACUCACAAAUAUUUCAGUGUUCUUAUGGAAGAAGGAAGGGCUACUAUCCCUUGUCUGGCAGAGAAACUCACAAAUGAGCUUGUGAGACAUAUCAUUAAAACUUUGCCAACACUAGAGAACCAAAUACGCGAGGUGCUCCAAAAAACAUUACAGGAUCUACGAAAGUAUAGCAGAGGCGUACCCAGAUCAGAGUCUGAGAAGCUGACUUUCCUCACAGAUUUGAUCAAACUCUUUAAUCAAGACAUCUCUCAGACAAUGCGUGGAGAGGAACAGCUGUUCGGAAAUGAAAUCAGACUGUUUACAAAAAUCCGCAGAGAGUUUCAAACAUGGGGAUCGCUUCUCCUGAACAAUGCUGCAAACGUUAAAAAAGCUGUACCCGGUAAAGCGUUGAAAUAUCAAGAUCAGUAUCGUGGACGGGAGUUCCCUGGCUUUACCAAUUACAGAACAUUUGAAGACAUUAUAAAAGAGCAAAUCAUAGAACUGGAGGAGCCAGCUGUUAUGGUACUGAACAAAGUGAUGGGAUUGGUUGAAGAGAAAUUUAUGGAACUCACUGAAAAGCAUUUUGCUAAUUUUCACAAUCUAAACAGAGCUGCUAAGACCAGAAUUGAAGACAUUAGAGCGAAACAAGCAGCAGAGGCUGAAAGAUGCAUCCGGACUCAGUUUAAAAUGGAGGCAAUUGUAUACUGCCAGGAUGACAUUUACAUUAAUGAUUUAAAAAUUGUUAAGGCAGAAAACACUGGCAAUGGGAAGGAAUUUCAGAUUGGAUUUGUUUCGAAUCAAGAGCCCUCCUUUGUCCAGGAAAUGUUUUCUCACACGAAGGCCUAUAUCAAUGAAGCAAGUAAACGCCUCUCGAAUCAGAUACCUCUGAUCAUCCUGUCUUCUGUCCUUCAUGACUUCGGGGAUAACUUACAGACCAUAAUGUUGCAUCUUUUGCAAGAUAACGAAAAACUAAAUCGUCUCCUUGAGGAGGACAGUGAAGCUGCUAAACACAGAAACUACCUGAGCGAACGCGUUAAUCGUCUCACCAAAGCCUGCGAAUACCUGAGAGAUUUCACCUCCAUGUAG